AUGCUGCCACAAAGCCCAAAGAAGGAGCGGCUGCGAUUUUUACCUCUCCUUGAGCUGGAGCUGGAUGAAUGGACACAGAGAGAGCUGCAUUUGCUGGCCGACGCUUUGCGACUGGUGAACUCCAGUGCCACAGCUCCAGCAGUCUGCAAGGAGAUUGACGAGCUGCUCUCACAGCUCUGGGCGCUCUGCGCGCAGCAGCGGCUGCCCGCGCUGCGCCUGGCGCUGCGGCUGCUGCGCAGCAGCUCGACCCUGGCGGCGGCCUUCGCGCUGGAGGUGGUGCACUUGGCCAGCGUGGACUUGUGGCUGCUGAGCCCAGAAGAACGCCUGGAGCUGUCCACCCAGGCGCGGCGAAUGUGCGCUGAGCCUGCCUGGCUGACGCGCGCGCAGGGAGUGCUUCGCCAGCUGCAUCAACAGGACCACCUUGCGAGACACUGCAGCAUGCUGCCACACAGCCAGUCGGCCACCGUCCUCACGGCCUCUGAGAGGCCAGCGGAGGAGGAGGUCAGCCGGCCGCAGACGCUGCAGCUCAAGACGCUGUCGCGGCAGGAGCGGGAGUUCAUGCCAUCGGAGAAGCCGCGUGCACACCCGCGCUGCUUUGAUUCUAUGCAGGUCAUGAAGCAUAGGCGUGGUUGGCUCAGGGAGUACCCAGACUUGAACGUCACUGCGCCGCAGAACUGCCAAACAGUCGCUCUUCGCGUGCCUCCUGACCGCUCUGCAGAUGCCAUUGGGAGCAUCGUGGAGGAGAUGGUCUCGAGCAAGAAGGGCCGCACAGAGGUCUCAGGCAUGUUGGUGGAAGACUCCACAGGUGCCAGGGCGCUCCUGCGGCCGGAGGACUUGGGCACCUUCACCGCUCUGAGCUCCUGCCAUGUUGAGCAGUGCCAGCGGUUCGUGUUCCCCCACAGCUUGUCGGCACUAGGCCGAGCCCUGCUGGAGAUCUAUGACGAGGUGGAGGCGAUCGAUGGCUCUCUUCGGGUCUGCAACUGUGUCCACGUAGCAUUGGACAAUCAGGUGUUGAGCAUCCAUUGGGAGAGCUCUCCUGUAAAUGACCUGGUGGCAGAUUCUGUCUCCUUAACCGCCAUCGAGCUGACCCGCAGCCCCUCCAUGCUUACAGCGUUGCGAGGCACGGACACCGGCAAGGAGGAGGAGAGGAUCUUCAAGGUUCUUCGCACCUACUUGGAGCAAGAGUUUGGGCGACUGUCCGUGGAUGUGAAGAAAAUGGUGCUUUCGUUCGAGGUAGAUGGGAACACCGUGACCGUUAACUUCCCUUCGCGCUUAGUGGAAUGCCAGGAGGAGGCGCUGUCUCAACGCGUUCGGACGGCUUUGCGACGUUGUGAACGCUCCCUGAGACCGAUCCCAGCAUUCUAA